AAGAGUGAGUGAGUGAGUGAGAGAGAGAGAGAGAAUGAGACGAAAUCCAAGUCCUACCCGUUCGAAGGAAGAGUUGAGCAAAGGGGCAUGGACGGCAACAGAAGACCAAAUCCUCAUUGAUUUCGUCAAAAAUAAUGGUGAAGGCAGGUGGGAAAGAGUCUCAAAGCAAACCGGUCUCAGGAGGUGCGGGAAAAGCUGUAGGCUGCGUUGGUUAAAUUAUCUCCGACCUGACAUUAAGAGAGGAAACAUAUCUGAAGACGAAGAAGAGCUCAUCAUUAGGCUCCACAAGCUUUUAGGAAACAGGUGGUCUCUCAUUGCGAAAAGGCUGCCGGGCAGAACCGAUAACGAGAUAAAGAACUACUGGAAUUCAAUCUUAAGGAAGAAGUUACAGCUCGGUGGCAAGCAAUCAGAGUAUCGUAACCCAAAGAAGAAUAUCGCAACCAAAGACCCCUGCAAUGAGGUCUCCCCAACCAUGGCCAAUGUACAAGGUCCUCCCGUAGACCACAGCCUCACAGCAGCCUCUUUGGACGAGCCUGAGGGCUCAAUGGCAAAUGCAACGGUACCAGAAGCCAAAGGCCCGACUACAUUGCAAGUGGCUGGUGAUGAGAAAGAUGGUUGUCCAUCGGACUUUAUGGUCAAUCACAAGCUAUGUACUGAGAUUUGCCCCUCUGAUGAUUUCAUGGAACUGUGCACGCAGAUUGGUCCCAAAGAAUCCGAAAAUAGGUUCGAUCAGAUGUCUCUUCCAUCCUCCUCGAAUAACCUACAGGAUAGUGAGUUGUCUGAAGAGAUGUUGUUUAAAUGGGCAGCUGAUUUGAUGGAUAGCUAAUUCUUAAUGAUUGAGUCAUUUCUUUUCU